AUGCAAUCAGUCGAUCGCUCUCAGUUCCCAAAACUGAAGAAUGAUUUGAUUAUAAGGGCUGCGCUGGGCGAAACUGUGGAAAGACCACCAUGCUGGAUCAUGCGCCAAGCUGGACGUUAUUUACCGGAAUAUCAUAAAGUUAAAGACGGGCGUGAUUUUUUUGAAACAUGUCGGGAUGCAGAGAUUGCUAGUGAGAUUACUAUCCAGCCCGUGAGGCGUUACGCUGGUCUUUUGGACGCUGCGAUUAUUUUCAGUGACAUCCUGGUUAUUCCACAAGCGUUAGGCAUGAAGGUUGAAAUGAUCGACGGCAAGGGUCCGCAUUUUCCAGAGCCUCUUAGAACAGUGGAGGACAUGCAGAAAGUGCUUAAUUACCACUCAGACGUGCUGAAGGAGCUGGAUUGGGCUUUCAGAGCUAUCACAGUUACCCGACACAAACUUAAUGGUCAAGUUCCAUUACUUGGAUUCUGUGGCGGUCCUUGGACUCUAAUGGUUUAUAUGACCGAAGGUGGCGGAUCGCGUCUGUUCAGAUAUGCCAAGCAAUGGCUCAACGAGUUCCCAGAGUUAACUCACAAGCUUCUGCAGAAGAUUACCGACGUUGCCGUGGAAUUUUUGGCUCAGCAAGUGGUUGCUGGUGCUCAAAUGCUUCAAGUCUUUGAAAGUUGGGGUGGUGAAUUGGGUUCGCGCGACUUCGAUGAGUUUUCUUUGCCUUAUAUUAGGCAAAUUAGCCAGAAACUACCAUUACGUCUCAAAGACUUAGGAAUUCACGAAAAGAUUCCUUUGACUAUUUUUUCUAAGGGUUCGUGGUACGCUUUGGAUAAACUGUGUAGUUCAGGCUACAAUGCUGUUUCUUUGGACUGGUCCUGGGACCCCAAAGAAGCUGUCAAGAUCAACGCUGAUCGCGUCACUUUGCAAGGCAAUCUUGAUCCUGGUGUGAUUUACGGCACGGAUGAAAUUAUUCGCAAGAGAGUGGAAGAAAUGAUUUCUGGAUUUGGUGGUGGGAAGUCCAAUUAUAUCGUCAAUUUUGGCCACGGAACCCAUCCAUUUAUGGACCCUGAAAAGAUCAAGUUUUUCUUGGAACAGUGUCAUAGAGUCGGGAGCUUGUAA